AGCAAGUGGUAUGCCCCCACACAGUAGCGAAACUGAAAGUGCCGUUGGUCAGUGAAAACAGCAUACUGGAGAAUAAAAAGCAGCGUGCAAUCGAAGGUCUACUUGAGCAUCUGCACAAUGCUGUUACGCUCAAACUUCACACCGCUGCGAACGUUGGAUUUUACUACGAAAUGGGCCAUUGGAAGUGUCAGAUGGAAAAUGAAACGCAGAAGUAACCGGCCGGCAGCGACCGAUGACACAGAAAAACGUCGCAAAAUGAAGGAAUCUGCUAUUCAGGAGCUCGACAAUGAACGAUUUGUUCGCGAGUAUUAUAGGAAAAUUGCCUACGAACUUCCCUUUCUAUCAAAAUUCGUGAAACCUUUCUCUAAACAAAACGACGCAUUCCUACGUUUCGCAUACACUGCACGUACAAAGCCAACCGCUGAUGACAACAAAGUCUCACUCACCUUUCACCCUGAUGCCAUUCCCUCCCUUGAUCAACCUACUAUACACGCCCUCAAACUCAUCGCUGACGACCGGUACGACAGUAGUACAGGUAUCCUCACCAUAUCCUGUGACACAUUCCCCACAGCCUUGCAGAACAAGCGGUCGUUAGCUGUUACCUUCAACAAGCUCAUCGACAAAGCUAGGGAGUACAAGAUUAAAUUCGCAGACAUUCCUCUCCGUGAACGCAAACCUUUGAAACGAGACUUGAACAAAAUCCCCAUCCCAAAAAGCUGGUUUCAAAAACUUUAUAAUGAAUGAUGAAAUGCAUUUAGUCAUAAAUAUCCAAUGGAGGAAUUUUGUCGAAACCAAAAAGCCACUUUUUGCUAAUUGAAAUGUUAGUAAAAACUGUAAGCGAAUGAAAAAAAGAAAUGCAUGAAGGCGAAAAAUUCGCGACCCAUGAUCCUUCUUAUAAACAUACUUCUCGUCUUCUGUAAGCAUCCAAUCGAGGGGAAACUCGACCAAAUGUCCUCUAACUCCGCUGACCCACUCGGUAGCCUCUUGCUUAGUGGGAAAUUUAAACGCAGUUUGACUCGCCAGUGUUUCCUUCUUCGCCGAAGAUCGUUUAGUGCUUUGGGUUGACCCCUCCCCGGACUUAAUGGAGGGCUGUUUCUGUAUUGCUUGCAGGCUGUCACUAGGCGUUUCCUCUUCAAGCCAACCCAUUUGAGCUUCAGGGAAUCGACGUAUGUAAGAUCUCCAUUCGUGAUACUCGUCCCACGUCUUCACGCAAUCGUCAGGCAUACAGCGGAACACAUUUCUGUAAAGUACAGUAUUGCUUUCAGCGAUAGCACACCACGUGUUUUCAAAAAACUCCUCGCUUACGGGAUCAGUAAAAGAAUCCGCAGUGAAUUUUGGAAUUUCCUUCUUGGUGAAAGGAUUAAACUCCAUGUACUUGUCCGUAUCUUCGUAGGCCAAACCAAGUCCACAAUGAGGACGACUAGGUUCAGGAACAGGGUGCUCUGGAUCCUUAAGUAAAAGAGGUCUUUGAUCUUCUCCCGAGCCUGGGAACUUAGAAAAGUCAAACUGAUUUCUAAUCUUCCUGCGCAUGCAGGGUGGAAUACCACCAACAAGUGCAUUAGCAUCAAGACACGCCGUCUCUUUCUCCCUUCUAUACUCAUUCGUGUUUGGCUUGUUCUUAGCUGGUUGCAACUUCUUGAUACGAACACGUCUAUCCAAUGUUUCCCGUACUCUAGAAUCCCUUUUAACGAGUUCCUCAGAGUUUUGAAACUCCAUUUGCGAACGGUAUCUGAGUUCCAACUCUUCCGCCGAAAACAUGGAUCCACCUAUACCUUUAUCGGCUUGAGGAUUCCAGACUUGCAUGCGUUUGUCAACGGUGUCGCGAUCUAAUCCAUCCAUAUUAUACUCUCGCUGCUCAAGCACGUCUGUUUCAAUACCGAGAUGUUCUCUCAUCAAUCUGAUUCUAAGUCGAUGUGCAAACUUACCGACCUUGUAUGGCUUGCCAUCCAUCAAAGAAUCUUCCAUCAAAGUAUCUCGAACAACAGCUGCGAUUUCGGAGUCUCGGUUACCAAGCAAAGAACGUUCGUUGAUGUUUGCAGAACCAAUGACUGCAACUCGGUCGUCAGCAAUCAUAACCUUUCCGUGAACAUAAACAAGCUCAGUAUACAGCAAAUCAUGUGGUCCGUUAUGUGUCCAUCCUCGUAAACCAUAGAAACGAAGAUACUUGCUGCCAUCAAUUCCGCACUUCUUCAGUCGUCCAUAUAUGGAUGUAUCGCCACGACAUAUACUCUUGUAUUGACAUUCCACAAUCAAACGAAGACUACUGCCCUCGUUUUGACUGAUUUCACCUUCAAAUCCAGGAAGCAAGGGAAUAAUCACCACGGCUCUCCAUUUUUCCUUGUUUUUCUCCGCUCGGAUAAUUCGUUCGACAAGAGCGUCACCAAUACGAUUCUCGACAAUAGUUCCCUCGCACACGGUGGAAGUAACAAAGAACUGAUUUUCAAUGUAGAUGAAGUGCUCACUGUUUUCAAUGAGACUAACAUACGCAUUCUGAAUGCUUGUUUCGAUGGUAUCCACCAAACCAAGCGACCAAAGACCUGCUGAACGAAGAACUUGAACCUCACAAGUGCCUGUAAGCUGCAGGUUUUGCAGCUCAUACUUUGUGAAAUCCGGAGGAGGAAUGAGCAGAGGAGUCUUACGAGCCGGACGUUUGCAGCGAAUUAAAUAGUUCCAGCGUUGUACGAAGUGUCGGGCGGCGUCUCGAGCCGGCUGGCCAAGAAUACACAUAGAAACAUCGUGCCAUCCCAUACGAGUAAUUUCGUUACGGUCGUACAUUGUCUUGUAGGGAUGAGUCAAGUCAAAGAAAUCGUGGAUACGAGGAUUAGAAUAAUCUUUUCCAGGCCAAGUCUGACACGUAAAGGCAUUAUCCAAGGUACGUUGUGAAUCACUCUCACCAUCGAAACCAAAAUUCUUAUCAUCACGCAAAAUGUGUUGGGAUGUGUCAUAACGACCAAAACACAAGUCAAUACCUCCUAUGAAGGUAAUGAUAUUAUCAAUGACAAGCAACUUUUCGUGAUGUGCCCAGAAGAGAGUGCUUUGUCGAAGAUGUGAAGGAGAACGAAUUACAUAAAUGUUUGGAUGAAGUAGCUGCAAGUGUGCCUUUGUGUGGAAAGAGUCGAUAGGCACCGUUGCAUCAAUGUUUCGGUAUAUCAUAACAUAGACCAUUACACCUUCUUCAGCUUUCUUUUGAAUAAGCCGAUCAAGGCGAAAAGCCGUUGCCAACGGCACGGGUCUUCUCAUAUAUAAUUCAGGACUGAGCCACCAGUCAUGAAUAUAGAUACAUUCCUUUGCGUUCAUGAUUGCUCGACUGAUGUUCCAAGCGUGAUCACGUCCAUCCACUAGCCAUUGAGCAGCAACAUUUGUACGGACGGGUGCAUAACUGUCAAAGCGUUGCAAUUCACACCACGAACUCAAGCCCUGAGCAACCUGAAUACUGUUCAUAAAUUGCUUCAACCAGCGAUGAUUUCGUACUUCAAGCUUCAUAACUCUUUCACGAUUUUUCAUCUUAAAAUUAUGCGUAGAGUUGUACAAAGUUGCACGAUUAACAUCCUUUGAGUGUUUCGAGCGGAAAUCCUUCUGCGUAAUUUCAAAAUCAGCGUCCCAAAUGAACACAUCCAAAGGUUCAAGACUCAAUGGGCUGUCUGUAAAGACUAUGUAACUUUGAGAGACUAUAAUCCAAAAUGGUUUUGGCCGUGACUUCAUUGUAGGCCCAUUGCAGCAAAGAAUUGACUGUGCUGGACUAAAGUUCUUCUUUAGAUAAGCAUAGCCCUCUUUACCAUGGAAAUUUCCGUCACCAGCCAAGCGCAGACCAAACAUACUAAGCUCCAAGAAGGUAUUAUAAAUGUUUAAUUCUGGAAGAAAUUGCAGAGCAGAACACAUCUCUUGCAAAUAACGCUCAAGAUGCAUUCGUUGAGAAAUCCAAUAGGCAGAUAAUGAGCGUUGAUGUGCAUGAGACUUCCCAGAUCGACUAGAAAUAGAGGAGCCGGAGACGGAAAUGUUGGACAUCGAUCGAACAUCGUCUGCCAACUGGCCAUUAUGAUCCUUGUUAAAUAACAAAUAAUUAAAGCCCCUCAGCUUUCGUAGAUAAG